AUGGUUCUUGAUCCUUCACGGUACCAGGAUAGGAGGACCUGGAAGAUGACGCCCGCAAUGUUGAGAGCGAGACAGCCAUUUUUCAAGAUGAAUAUGGUUGGUCUGGGAGUACUUUUAGGAGUUACAGGGGGUGUUUACUAUUACACGUACAACUUUCUACACAAGGAUAACGAUUUCGAAGACGUUCCAAUUCCCCCCAUCGAUGAAAAGGAGUUACAAAAGCUGAAGAAAGAAUACGAAAUGCACAAGGCCAACAGGGACAAGCAAUGA